UUUGCUGAAUUAUGUUCUUACAUCUCAUAAAACGACAAAAGAUAAUAAAUAAAUUGAUAUUUAUAAGGAUAAGUUUGCAUCGAAAAUCUUAUUCUGGACAUGACUGCGGUUACUUUCAUUUUUGGCGCGCAAACGAAAAUAUUUUGAUUUGCCCUGUUGGUUGAGUGAAUGUUUACCGUCAGGAAAACUUUAAUUUUAUCUAAUAUGAGUAUUUCUGGUAAAAUGUGAACAAUCUUCUUUCGCUGUUACUGCUUUUUUUUAAAGCUUAACUUUAAAUAAUAGUUAAUAUACACAAGAAAGUAAACAAUGGAUGAUAAUAAGAAGAAAAGAAAAUGGAAUUCGAAUUACCAGAAACAUUUUAAUAAAAAUAAAUAUGAUGUACAUUAUUCUGGUGCAAGCAAAAAAGGUAAAAGUCUUUCAGAUUUUUCAAAUGAGUCGAAUAUUCGAUGGAAUUUAUAUAUGCCAAAAUAUUCAGAAGAGGAUGUGUCUGUUAUAAACAAGCUCAAAAUUGUUGAAAACUAUUUAUCUUCCUUUGAUGAAACGAUGCUUUCAGAAAUAUAUAAAAGUCGCCAUUUUAUCAUAGAUGUAGAUGAUAUAUUAAAGAAUGAAAAAUUUCUUUUAAUGUGGGAAAAUUUUAAAAAUGAGUUAGAAAAUGAAUCUGAUCUUGUCAUAGGUUUGUUUGGUCUGGCAGUAGAGCAUCUCAUUGAAAAAAAUAACUUGCGCGAUCCUAAUGAUUCUUUAGUAAAUAUUGAUGGAAAUUUCUACAAUAUUCAAAAGAAAAUAAAUCCUAGAUUCAUUGGUUUAAAGCAUCCUUUAAGUUUUCAUGAUUUAAAGACUUAUAAUUAUGGAAAAUUUGUUACUCUCAUUGGUAUAAUUGUACGUGCAAGUGAUAUUAAACCAUUUUGCACAAGUAUUGCAUUCAUGUGCCAAAAAUGUCAAACAAUACAAAUUAUUAAUCAAGAAAAUGGAUGUUAUACUACACCUAGUCGAUGUAUAGGAUCAGAAUGUCAUGCUACAAGUUUUAAACCAUUAUUGAAAUCUCCGCUUACACAAACAAUACCAUGGAAAACAAUUCGACUACAAGAACUAAAUAUUAAUCAGAAUGAAGGUGGACGUGUUCCAAGAAGUAUUGAAUGUGAAUUAUAUUGUGAUCUAACUGAAACUUGUAUUCCUGGUGAUGUUGUUGCAAUUUCGGGAACUCUUUCUUUGAAUAAUAUCAAUGAGAAAAAAAAUACAGCCAGUAAAGAUGCAUGUACAUACACUGCAUAUCUCAAAGCAAAUUCUGUAACAUGUUUGAAAGGAAAAAAUAUUGAGAAUAAAGAUGUUUCAAAAUCAAUCCAUUUUAAAACAGAAGAUCUUAAUGUUAUUAAGAAAAUUCAUUCUGAAGACAACUUAUUCCAACUUAUGGUUGCUUCACUGUGUCCUAAUAUUUAUGGACAUGAACUUGUUAAAGCAGGAAUAGUUUUAGCUUUGUUUGGUGGAGGAUCACCAGAAAACAAUGAACUAGCCUUUUCAACUAGGGAGAAUUCCCAUGUCUUAAUUGUAGGUGAUCCUGGUUUGGGUAAAAGUCAGAUGCUUUUGGCAACAUCUGGUAUUUCACCUCGAGGUGUUUAUGUCUGUGGCAACUCUACUACUACAUCAGGAUUGACUGUGACCAUCACAAAAGAGGGUGGUGGAGAGAAUUCUUUAGAAGCUGGAGCUUUAGUAUUAGCAGACCAAGGUCAUUGUUGUAUAGAUGAGUUUGACAAGAUGAUGCAUCAUCAUUCUGCAUUGUUGGAAGCAAUGGAACAGCAAACUAUUAGCAUGGCAAAAAGUGGAGUUGUUUGUACACUUCCUGCUAGAACUUCUAUCAUAGCGGCUGCUAAUCCCUCUGGAGGUCAUUACAAUAAAGCCAAAACUGUAUCUGAAAAUUUAAGAAUUAAUGGAUCUGUUCUGUCUCGGUUUGAUCUAGUCUUUAUCAUUCAAGAUAGACCUGAUCAAAUAUUUGAUAGUAAGAUGACAGAACAUGUUAUGGGGUUGCAUAUGAAAUCAAAAAUUCCAUCUCAAGAAUCAAGUGCUAGUCAACAUUUUGUUAAAUCUCCAAGCAUAUGUGAUUCUUUAAAUGAUAGCUAUCAGUUACUCAGAAAACUUCAAGCAAAUGGUGGAAUAAAACUCAUACCACAUAAAGUGAUGCAAAAAUAUAUUUCUUAUGCCCGUAAAUUUUCACAGCCAAGACUUACUCCUGAAGUUUCGCUUAUCUUGCAAAACUUUUACAUUGAAAUGAGAAAGCAGCACAAACUAAGUUAUAAUUCAAUUCCCAUUACUACUCGUCAACUAGAGUCUCUUAUUCGCAUGACCAAAGCAAGAGCUAGGAUUGAACUACGAGCUUUCUGCACAACAAAUGAUGCCGAAGAAGUCAUUGAAAUUAUGAAAUAUAGUAUGAGAGACACCUUUUCUGAUGAGUUAGGCAAUAUUGAUUUUGAUCGUUCCAUACAUGGGUCAGGCAUGAGCAAACAUUCACAGGCAAAGAAAUUGAUUAACUUUCUUACAAAAGCUGCAGCAACAAAAGGAGACAACUGUUUUCUCAUUAGUGAAAUGAAGGAUUUGGCUAUGCAAGCCAAAAUUUCAAUGAAUUCUUUUUCGUCACUACUUGAUACUUUAAAUGAUCAAGGAUUUUUAUUGAAAAAAGGAUUUCAGCUGUAUCAAAUCCAGACAAUUUAA